GGUAUGGCGGCAGGCUUCGAAAGUUCUGUAUGUUAUGUUUCUAUUUUACACUUUUACCCUCCAGUGACACCGUUUCUCGCCCAUGUUGAAGCGAGCCCUGCCUGAGACAGCGCGUCAUCCUCAUGUCAUCUCCAGCCGGGCUUCACUUCUCCCAGGCAGACUUUGUGGCCCGGUGGAUGCCAAGUAGCACCAGAGCCGGGGUCAUCCUCAGCCCCUGCCCGGAUUUGGCAGGCUCCUUGAGGCACACCUCUGCCAUGGGACCCUCCUCCCUGGAGCCAGACGACUCCUUUGCAUCCGAUUUCGCCCCUCUGCCCGGCUCAGCAGACAGCAGCUGCCUGGGUGUGGAUGGAUUUACUCGGUCACCUGGAGGAGCGAGAGCUGGGACGGACAUGCCAGUGAACGGUCUGUCCUCUGGGAGACAUUUAGAUGGAGAGUUGGACAGUUUGGACGAGAUGGCAAGCAAAUCACAGGAUCUGCCCCUAAGGAUGAAGCUUGAACAGUUGAGGAAAUGGCAGCAGCAGAUGCAGGAGCAGCUGAAAGCCAAUCAGCUGGGGGAGCUGCUUCGCCUCCAGGAGGAGCAGCAGAGGCUGCUGGGAAUGAUGAAUGGAUCUCAGCACUGUGAAGGAGAUGACACAGAACUUUCAGAUCUGUCAGAAUCAGACUGGCAGGACAAGACGUCUUACAGCCCCUCCAUAAACUCCCAUGGAGUCCCACAGGGAUCGUCCAGGGGCCCCCUACAGGGACAAGAGUCCUCACCUGCACAAAGCCAGCAGCGGCUACCCAGAGGUCAAGAUUAUCUGGAGGUGGACGGUGAGGAAGAGGGCACGUGGAAACCCAGAGAGGAUGAUCGUGAACAGAGUUUCCAUACUAACCAUUCUCAUGAGCACAAGGACACUUUAAUGCCAAGUAAUGGUGUGGAUUUGACUGAAGACAACAACGGGGAAAACGAUGAAGUCUUUCAUGACGGACCUAUAAAGUCAGGUAUCGGGGGUCAGAAGAAGACGUUUGAGGAGUUGUUGGAGGAGCAACUCAGGCUGGAGGAGCAGAAAGUGAAGUCUCAGCAGAGCCAUACGAAUGCUGUACAAGCUCCUCCCAAGAAGGCCUUUCUGAAGCGGGGCGAGGGUCUCUCAAGAUUCACCAACACUCGCAAAGCCUCGUUACCGGAAAUGGAGUUAAAGAAGGAUCCUAAAUCACAACUCAAGUCCAGAGUAAUCUCCCGCAGCAACUCGGAGCCUUCAUCCAUCCAGAAAGGUGUCACAAAUGGAGUCCAGCGGCUUCCUGUUCAGCGUAAAACUGCAACUCUCAACAAGGAGAACCGACCGAGGGGUUUCGGUUCAGCACCUCAGGAUUUAAGAGUUGAGAGCAAGGCAGCACGGAUGAAGGUGUUGGGUAGUCAUCAAAGACAAAACACAGAGGCAAUUCAAGCUAACCUAGAGAGUAGACAAAGUAGACAACAUCAACUCGGGCAAGUAAAGGAUCAGAACAAUAGAAAGGUGGGUCUGUCCGCUCAGGCUGCCGGGAACAUGCAGCCAAACCCUGUGACCAAACAGGUGGGCAUGUUCAGAGCGCCAAAGAAAGUUGGAAGUGUUACCGCUAGAGAAGAAAGAUUGGAAUCGGCAGAAAGAGGAGCCAGAGUUCCACAGGAUUCGUUUGAGUUGUCGUUCCAGGAGAAGCUCCACCGCUGGGAUUGUGACCUGCAGAUCGAAAACAUGGAGCUGGGAGAGUUUGAGCUGCUGGAGCAGGCGGCCGACGAGCUGUCCUUCUCCUCCAACUCCUCCUUUGUCAUGAAGGUCCUUCAGUUGGACCUACAGCACAGGGGGCUCCACCCUCGACGGCUCUCCUCCACCCCCAUCAAGUCACCACCAAAAGCUGCAGGUCAGGGGAGCGGUGGUGCUGCUAGUGGGAGUGAUGUGGCAUCUAGAAACAGUCCUACGAACUCUAUGAAGUGCAAUGAAGAUGAGCUUGAAAACGGCGUUAAGAAUAAGACGGAACUGAACAAUGUGAGAGGAGAGACGCACGAGAUCUCCGAUGUUUCAUCCUGCGACUCUGAAUUUGAAGACCAGGAAGUAGCGGUCAAACCACCUGCGUUUCCCAGCAGCCUUUGCUUUCCCCCACAGUCCAACCUGCCGUAUGACAAGCGGUCGUAUCAGGACGAGGACAGCUGCAGGGACUCGGCCUCAGAUGUGACACAAACUGAGGAGGAGGAGGAGGAGGAGGAGGAGGAGAGUGACAGCGUCCUGAGCAACGCCGACGAGUCCACUCUGAUAGAGGACAGGCAGCAGGGGGGGGUUGUGUUUGACGACGACGACACGUGGAACGACCUGGAGGACACCGCAGUCGCCCCAGCCAAUGAGAGUAGAGGAGUUAGUCCGGUUUCCAAGGCAAUAGCCAAUGGGAUCCCGCCCCCGACGCAGACUCUCUCGAGGAAGGUGGCAGCGAGUAAAGUUGUGGAGCUGGAAAUAGAAACAGAGCUUCCUCCUGCCUCUCAGCUCAUGACCAGGUUGUUCCCCGCGCUGAAGCCAAAGACCCAGAAUGCACCUCUCCCUGUUCCUUCUGUUGCAUCUGAGUACAAAAGGCCAGAGGAGGAGACAGUCCCGCAGGUCCAGUCCCGACAGCUGAGAGAGAGACUGGUGGAGCUGGAGAUUGAGAUCGAGAGAUUUAAGAAGGAGAACGCGGCCCUCGCCAAACUCAGACAGGAGAACGAGAAAAACCAGGAGGACCUCAGGAAAGAGCGUGUGGAGUUUGAGCAGCUGAAGGCAGAGGAGCUGGCUAAGUUUGAGGAGUAUAAGAAGGAGGAGAACAGGAAGCUGCAGAAGGAUCGUAAACUGUUUGAGAAGCAUGCGUCAGCCGCCAGAGCCAUACCAGACAAGAAGGAAAGAGAGGAAAUCCAGGCAUUGAAGCAGCAGCUGAGCUCCCUGCAGGAGGAGCUGAGCGGCAGGGAGAGCCGCUGGACCUCCACCAGCAGCCGGCUGCGGCAGACCAUCGACUCUCUGAACCAGGAGAAGAGCGCUCUGAAGGACGAGAUCCUUAUGUUGGAAAAGCUCCGCCUGAGUGCCUGGAAGAAAACCUCAGUCAGUGCUGAAGAGAAGGAGAAAGAAGCGAGAGACGCCCCCAAAAUGUUUGAGAACAAUGUGCCAUCUGUGACCAAAGGAGUGAAAUUCGCUCUCCCUCUGGACUCCAGAAGAAGCAGCUGUGCAGCAGCCAUCAGACGAGGCUCCAGAGACACUCAGGGAGCUACAGCAGCGAUGAAGAGCAGCCUGAGGAGGCCAUCAGGCUGCGGACCCUCCUCUUCCUCCUCGUUGCUGCCUGUCAGAAAGACGGAGGAAAGGUCGACUCCUGCCAGCUCGAGUCAGGACAAAUCCCCAAAUCAAGAAUCCUCCAGCAGCAGCUCUCCCGUGAGAGACGUGAUAAGGCAAUCCCUACCUCAAGAGCCCGAGUGCAGCGAGGCCAACGAGCCAGAAUCUGACCAGGAGGUCAUUACACACCCCGAUGGGAAGACAGAGACGGUUCUGGCUGGAGGCGAUCGUCUCUUCGUCUUCUCCAACGGGACGAAGAAGGAGGUCUCAGCGGACGGACUGACGGUCAAAGUCACGUUCUUCAACGGAGACACCAAGGAGGUCACAGCCGACCAGAGAGUGAUCUAUUACUACGCCGAGGCUCAGACGACACACAUCACAUACCCAGAUGGUAUGGAGGUGCUGCACUUCCCCAACAACCAGACUGAAAAACUUUUCCCAGAUGGCCGUAAAGAAAUCACGUUCCCAGACCAGACGGUGAAGAACCUGUUUCCCAACGGCCGGGAGGAGAGCGUUCUGACGGACGGGACCGUCAUACAGGUCAACUCGGACGGCACUAAGGAGAUCCUCUUCAACACGGGCCAGAAGGAGAUCCACACGGCGGACUACAAGAGGAGGGAGUACCCCGACGGCACGGUGAAGACGGUGUUCACAGACGGCCGGCAGGAAACACACUACCCCACGGGACGCAUCCGGAUCAAAGACAAGGACGGGAACGUCACCCUGGACAACCGAGCGUAGCAACGCCGCGUCUCAAAUCUCCAGGAGGAGAUCAGCUGGUCGGGAUUUAGUGCUUUUUAAAAUGUCAUUUCAACGCGCUCUGCCGUAGUCAGAGGCAACACGACAGCUGGUACACAGUUAAUAUGGAGGAAGCAAUAAGCCUUUUUAAUAGCAUUUAAAUUAUUUAUUUUACCUCAAAAACACAUCCGACAAGAAACAGUUUGCUAGAAAACUCUGCCUUUGUUUUCUGUCUAAAAAAAGGUCAAAAAUACAAUUGCAACUAAAUCUGUUCUUUUGUUUGUGCCAUCUUUUGGCUUAUUAUCGAACACCGUCCUUCAUUCAGUCUUUACAAAAACUCACAUUGUUUACAUUUCCAGUGAAGGCCUGGGAAUAAUGAAACCCUGUUCAGAUUCAGUGUGAGUGAAGUGUUUGUUUACAACCAUUUUAAUUUGUGAAUAUGUAUUUAUUUUCCUAGCUUACUGUAUAUUUCUGUAAAAUAAAUGUUAUCUUUGUUUUUAGAACCAUGAA